AUGGACAGCAAGCACGCAGUCUACCGUCACUUCAAGGUGCCGGCCAAUAGUGUUGGCGAGAACGGCACCAAGGUGUGUGCCUACUGCAACUUCACGUUUGUUGGCGGGGUUCACCGUUGCGCACACCAUAUCACCAGCUGGAACGGCAUGCGCCGUUGCGAAGUGCAUCUCUGCACUGCAGCGCCGAAGACUGCACGUGACACCGUGAAGGCGCUUUACGAGUCCAAGUUGAAGGCCCGUGAAGCGAAGUUGCGGCGGCCGGCGCAGUCAACGGCAGAGUGUCGCCAGCGCAUUGAGGCGGUGCUCACUCCUAUCUCAGCAAGCUGGCGCCGUGACAGUGUCACCGUGGCAAGCGACAUGUUCUUCGACAAGGCCGGCUGCCCGCAAGCCAACGUGCUCCUCAUCAACGAUAGCGGAGCCGUGUUCGUGGAGCCGAUCGACACGAAGAUGGAGAUGAAGACCGGGGGCUACAUCGCGGGCAUCUUGCGGCCCAUCAUCGAAAAGGUCGGCCCCGAGAAUGUCGUCGCCUUGUGUUUUGACGGUGGCUCCAACUACGCAGCGGCAUGCAGGGUGUUGAUGCGCGAGUAUCCCCACAUUGAACACAUCCCUUGCGCGACCCAUGUCCUCGAUCUCCUGAUGGAGGACAUCGGGAAAAAGGGAUGGGCGAAGGACAUCGUCACGCGCGGGGACACCUUCAUCUCGUUCGUCCGCAACCAUCACUUCACCCGGGGAUACAUGCGGAGUCCGCUCGUGAACGGCGGCAAGGGGAAACAGGUUCUCAAGCCCGCGGGAACCCGAUUCGGCACCAACUACAUCGCCAUCAAUCGCCUCCGUGAAGUGCGCGCCGGCCUGACGCAGAUGGUCCUCAGCGAUGAGUGGGCCGAGUGGACUGCGGCUGUAGACACGGCUAGGGCAGACACAUUCAAAGACAACAUCCUCGAUGCCGCGUGGUGGACGCGCGCCGAGUUCUUCACUAAGCUGAUGAGGCUGCCAUUCGUCGUCAUGCGCAAGACUGACUGGGAUUCGAAGGGCAUGAUGGGUCGUCUCUACGACCUCAUGCUCCAGCUCACCGAGGACAUCCGCGACUUCCUCGACAAGCAUGCGGAAGGGGUCCUGACAAGCGACGAGGUGGGGGAUAUUCGGGAGAUCGUGCAAGACCGCUGGGACAACGGGCUAGCGUGCAACUUGCACGUGAUUGGCCGCAUCCUCUACCCCACCAACCAGGAAGAGUGCAUUUUCCGCACCGACCUGGAGUGCACGAGGGUCUUCAAGCAGUACGUCUCCAAGCACCAUGGUGACAAGACGGUCACCAGGAAGGACGGGGUCGAGCGCCGCGCCUCUCUCGUCAUCCAGGAAGGCCUCAAUGCCUUCCUGAACCUCCAAGGCAGCUUCGGCAUGCCCGACGCUAUUGCCAACCGCCAGGCAGUGAAGGAGGGCAAGAUGACGGCGGUGGACUGGUGGACAUGGCACGGGACCGAUCAUCCUGAGCUCACCACCAUGGCUUGCCGCGCCAUCACGCAGCCGGUGUCUGCGUCUCCAUAUGAGCGAAACUGGGCGAAGUUUGAUGCAGUGCAUACGGUAAGGAGGAACCGCCUCGGCGCGGUGAAGCUUCGUGACCUGGUGUAUGUGACGCACAAUUGGCAGGUGGUGCACAACUGGCACAAGGCCCCUGAAGGGCUGGGGGUGGUGAAGGGAAACAUCAAGGACUCCCCCACUCCGGCUGGCUAUAACGUAUGGAGUGACGCGGAGGUACGGAGUGACGCGGAGGUAUGGAGUGACGCGGAGGUACGGAGUGACGCGGAGGUAUGGAGUGACGCGGAGGUAUGGAGUGACGCGGAGGUACGGAGUGACGCGGAGGUAUGGAAUGACGCGGAGGUAUGGAGUGACGCGGAGGUAUGGAGUGACGCGGAGGUAUGGAUUGACGCGGAGGUAUGGAGUGACGCGGAGGUAUGGAGUGACGCGGAGUUAUGGAGUGACGCGGAGGUAUGGAGUGACGCGGAGGUAUGGAGUGACGCGGAGGUAUGGAGUGACGUGGAGGGGGGGGGAGGGCGGGGCAGGGCAGGGGACAUGUGGCGACAUGCAGGGGAAGAGGCAGGCACGGCGAGCAUGGCAACAAUCGCGGGUCACGGGUGGCAGCACGCUGAAGAGCUGCGCGUGGUGAAGCUGCGCAUGGCGAAGCGCGGGUCUCGCUGUUGUCCCUCUGCCGCCAUCGCUGAGCUAAGAAACGAGACUGCACGCAAUGCGAGUCGCAUGUUUGCGAGUCGCAGCGAGGAGCAAGGCAGCGCCACGACAUGGGCGGGUGGAUAA